UUGACUAUAUUCUUCCACUUUAUCCAUAAUAUAGGAAGAAAAAUUACAGCCAACGGUAUGUUUUUAACUUUAUUUCCAGCUUCAUUAUCACUUCGAAUAUUUCCGAUUCGCGGCGAAAGCUACAGUUUGAAGAGCGCAUGCGCGGGUAGUUUUUCCAGACCCCGGCCAGAUUUAUUACAAUCAGAUCACAUUUAGCCUAUCUCUUCUUGGGGAAAAUAUACUCAAUGCAAAAUCUGCCAAAAGUCUUUGCCAGGAGUUAUUCCUUUUGAAACCGAGCUUCGUGAUCUGUUCCGUGCAGAGGUAAAGCGUGAUUGGUCUGUAGGCGAUAUUUUAUAUCAAUUAGGUCAUGUGAUAAAAAGAGAAAAUGCCGGAUCACUCGAAUGUCAAAAAAAAUUAUUUUUGACAAUGACAUACAUGGGUCGUGUUUAUACUCUAAGGAUCAAGAAAGCAAUAUGAAAAUGCUUGGCCCAGGGUUGUGGCCAUGGUUGUCGCCAGUUUGAAGGUUACCGAUUCCUUCAGAAAGCAGAGCCAGAGUGGGGCACGUGGCCACAGUGAUAGUUAUGGAGAUACUCAUACUGACUUGUACAUGAAGUGUGUGCAGUCAUUCCUAAAGUUACAUCAUAAGCGGCUCAUCAAGGUUCUAUUCUCUGUGUUGCUAUUGGUUGCUGCAUUGAGUUUGAUUAUUUUCUUGUGUUGGACCGGUGGAAGCCAAUUCCUUGCUGUGGAAUCAAGAAAUUUGAAUAACGUUCACGGUGAAGGUGAAACUCACACAGUAGUGUAUGAAAGGUUCCAGGGGUAUCUGAAGUGGGCAUCAAGACUUUGGAUGAGGACUGGGACAACAGCUUCUCAUUCAGUCUCGAAUACGAUGGAUGAAGCAAAAAUGAAUGUUACGUGGAGUCGGGGGAUAUUUGGUGAUGGAACUUACCCAGAUGAAGGCAUUGAAAAGUUAUCCGAGAAUUUGACGCUAUCUUCCUAUUCUCAUGUCCAUGAUCAAAAAGAACAUUCAGUGCCUGCAUCAACGCUGCCGGAUAUUCGAGACAAACUUCCACAAGAUGCUUUCAUCAUUAUGAGUAACGAGUUACCAAGACCACGCUUUAUGACGAGUGUUGGUAAUGGUCAUGUCGGUACAGUAAUAGACAGUGACACAGUCCUAAUGAAUGGUCUCUACAACGGCCGACAUGGUGACAGUCAUCGGGCAAGGAUACCCUCCAUGGUGUCAUGUAACAUUACAGGAUUCCACCCACACCAGCCUUAUAAGCCGAGAAGAGCCUACACCUUGAAUAUGAUGAAUGGAAUGUAUCUUGAGACAAUCCAUGGUGAUGAUUUCGUCUUGGAGAAGAAGAUCUACGCACAUCGUCAGCUAAAGCGUCUCCUGGUGACUGAAAUAGAUGUCGUCCGGGUUUACAAGGCAGGUCAAAUGGCCAUGAAGGUGAACAUGGAAAACAACCGGGGAAAGCCAAGUGAUGAUGUCAACUUUGAUACGAUAACAGAUGCAGUUGAAUGUAAUGGGACUGUGACGGGAUGCAGAUACAUGCAUGGGAAGACCAAUAUCUCUGAGACUCCAUCAUCAGAUCUUCAAGACAUCCAUAUCUUCUACGACCCGAUUCCUACCCACCUUGAUGUUCCUGUUGUCCCUUCUUCUGAAAAAAGCCAGCGGACCAAGUGGACAUUCUAUGCAUCGUUUGCUCAGGACAAGGAUGAUGCAAAGAAUUACUAUGAAUUAGCUGCUGGUUAUACAGCCACAGAUUACCUACUACAGCGACACGUAGCUGCAUGGCAUAAACUGUGGACACGUGGUGUGAUCACUUUGGAGGGUAACCUCACCCUGGCCCGGGCCGUGUCUGGAGCCAUGUACUACAUCCUCAGCAGCAUCCAGCUGGAGUAUGAUCCAUCUGAUCCUUUCAUUGGGUUGAGCCCCUCAGACCUGGCGCAUGGUGUGACUGAAGAUGAUUAUCUUGGCCAUGUGUUCUGGGACCAAGACACGUGGAUGUACCCUGGUGUUCUAAUGAUGUUCCCAGACUUGGGCAAGCUCCUCCUUCGCACAAGGUUACGCACCCUGGCAGCAGCUAAGGAGAACGCCAAGCUGAAUGGAAAUAUUGGAGCUCAAUUUCCUUGGGAGACCGCUCACACAGGAAGUGAGGUGUGCCCGGGUGAAGUAUAUGCCAAGAAUGAGCUGCACAUAUCUGGGGAUAUAUCCUUCGCCUUCAGACAGUAUAUGUACAUGACCAAAGACAUGGACUUCUACAUUCUGGAAGGAGGUCGUAACCUUGUCAAUGACAUCAGUGAAUUCUGGGCGAGUCGCGUCAGCAUGAAUGAAACAACUAAGACAUAUGACAUUCUGAAUGUGAUGCCACCAGACGAAUACAAACGUUCAAUCAAUAACUCUGUGUAUACAAACUACGUGGCCGCCCUUGCCUUAAAGGCGGAUCACGAUAUCAGUUCAACCCUGAAGCUGGUUGCGACCGGAGAUCCCGACUGGAUUAAGAUUGCGGAGAAUCUUGUGAUCCCGUUUGAUGACGAGUUGCAGUAUCAUCCGGAAUAUGAAGGAUACCAGAAUGGAACUUCUGUCAAACAGGCUGAUGUGAUACUCAUUGGUUUCCCUUUCAUGAUGAACAUGUCGCAACAGGUCAGAAGGAAUGACUUGACUCUUUAUGAUGAGGUGACUGACCCAAAAGGCCCAGCUAUGACCUGGACCAUGUUUGCCAUUGGCUGGCUUGAGCUAGGAGAACAUGAAAAGGCUAACAAGUUGAUGGAGAGGAACAUGGAUCAUAUUCAAGAACCAUUCCAGGUUUGGAGUGAAGUCACAGGAGGUGAGGGAGGAGUCAACUUCAUCACAGGCAUGGGAGGACUUCUACAAUCAAUGAUAUUUGGAUACGGUGGUUUCAGGAUCAGACAGGACCACCUCGAGUUCAAUCCAAGUCUUCCUGACCAAGUCACCAGGUUGACUCUGACUGGGAUCAGCUACCAGGGAGGCGUGUUCUGUUUCUGUAUUGAAACCAGUGGCCUUGCGAUCACAUUGACAAGUAAACAAUACCCAUUCUUGCAAUUCAAAGUGAAAAUUCCUUCAGCAGGACGGGAAAUGAUUCUGCAACUUGGUAAAACUGUGAAGAUAGGACUUGAGAAAUCAAACCUUAUUCGCGUUUAACCCAUUUACUGCUACUUGUAUGAAACCUUAGUCGACCAAUUAUGCUUUUGAACCUAAUAUGAUGAUCUUACACUGUUUUAGCUGAAGGAGCAUUUACAUCAAGCCAGAAGAUUACCAUGCAGAUCAUUGAUAUACUUCUUCAUGGUUGUUAUACUUGAUAAUCUAAUUGUGGAAGUUACAUACUCUGAUUUAACAUCUGCUGCCAAUGAUAUAUUGUUUUAUUGACAAUCAGGUUUCUUGUAUACGAGUCUGUAAUUUGACAGUUCACAUCACUUUUUCUACUAUUCAGGCUUGAUUUCCAAACAGUAUUACAUUAUCUUUUAUAUCAAGGUGCUGUUUUGAUUAUAUAUAUACAUGUAUAGAGAUGUAUUUGAAAUACAUAUCCACUGCUGAUAUUGCUAGUACUUUUGUGUUGAUUGUUGAUUAUUUAUCGUUCAAAUACACCUAUAGGAAUUGUUAUCAUCAUCAUCUUUAUAGCAUCACUGUUCCUGAAAAUCUUCUCACUGGAGGAUAAUUCAACUUCAGGGAAUUCUACCAAGGUGU